UCACAUUAAAGAUAGUUCAAACAAAUAAUUAUUGUUAAGUCAAGCUAACAAAAUUAGGAAAAUUUGUUGCCUCUUUUUUCUGUUUACUUGUAUUUAUGCCUUUCUUGUUAUCUUUACUCUUUUUAAGGGAUCUGCUUUAAAAGGAAUCUUCUUUAUUUAUGACACUAUCUACUUGGUAAUCAUUCAUCUUUGAAAAGAGUUAAGACAACAUGUCACAAGUUCCCUGCUAUUAAGUCAAUGUAUUCCAAAAAUGAAAUAUUAUUUCAUUCAUUUUCUUUGUUCUAUAUAUCAUUUAAUUAAUGACUUGCUCAACAUUUAUGUCAUCUUUUUCAUACCAAUAGCCAAGAUUAGUUGGAUCAAUUUUUUAUUAUAUAGUUAUUUUAUUUUCCUAUAAAAGUGUUAACAUCUUGUCCUUUAUGUUUCAAUGCCUAUUUUUGUUAUCAAACAUGCACAAUUGAAUUAAGUAGGGGAAAGAGAUAAAUCAAUGGUAGUUUGAUGAAAACAUUUUACAAAGAGAGUGAGGAUGGAGGACAUAGCAUAGAGUUAAGCAAAGUCAGAGAGACAGAGACAGAGGAAGAGGAAGGACAACAAGACCCCCAACAGCUCUCUCUAGCUUAUCUGGAGCUUCUUCACUUUCAAAAACUCAAGCAUAUGAAGUGUUGUCAGUUGCAGAUCACAGAACAGUAGUGGUUUGUUACAAUUCUGCUAAGUUGUGCUAUAGCUGCUAUUUGACAACACUGAUCAAAUGCUAGUGAUCAGAUAGAGGAUAAGCUAGAAAAAUAAAUGGAGAACCCAUCAUCAAGAUGCACUUACAUAGAAUAGACCAAGAAAUGUCCAAAGCAAAAAAGUCCAAGCACAAUCCACCAAAUGUAGUUGCCAAAUUAAUGGGCCUUGAAACCCUUCCAGUUGGAGAAUCUAAUUCUCAAAACAUGUAUGAUCAUUUAGGGUGGCCAUUGAAACAUUGGCAGCUAGAAAAUAGAUUAAAGAUGAUGAACAGAGAUGGAUAUGAAACAUGGCUGCAAUUUGAGAGAGCAUGCAAUAUGAAGGAAGAUGUUGAUGAGGGGAAAAUGGCUCUCAUUCGUCAGAAAUUCGUCGAAGCGAAGCAUCUGUCAACCAACGAGAGACUGCGCCAAUCGAAGCAAUUUGAAAAUGCCUUGGAUGUUUUAAGCUCUAAUAAUGAUCUCUUGGUCAGGUUUUUGGAUUCACAAAAGCCUUAUCAGCCUCCCUCUACUCCACCGGACGACGCAAAACGCAUUACCCUUAUCAAACCUCUAAAGAUGUUUGGCAAUGACAAUUCUUCCGAAAAGGGUAAGAAGAAUGAUAGAUUGCUUAAGAAACAAGCAAAUUCUGAUCAAGAAAGUCAGAAAUUUGAUGAGUUCUCAGUUCAAUCUACUAGAAUUGUUGUCUUGAAGCCUAGUCCUGGAAGAACACAUGAUCUUAAGGAUUUUGUUUCUCCAACAAAUCCAUCACCUCAAAGUUUCUAUCAAAGAACUAGAGAUGAUAAUGUAAUUGAAUCUAUAAAAGUGGCUAAAGAGAUUACACUGGAAAUGCAUGAAGGACUAAAGAGCUAUCAGAAGGAUAAAACUUUACAUUCUUCAGUAUUUUCCAGUGGCUAUUCUAGCAAUGAAAGCUCGUUUAAUAAGUCAUAUCAUGAGUUUGCAGAAGGGAAUCUCAGUAAUUUGGAAGCUUUGUCAUCAAUGGGAAGGCAUUCAUGGGAUUGCAUCAAUGUAUGUGGCAGUCCUUAUUCUACACAGUCCUUGGGUCGUGCAUCGUGUUUUCCCGAGUCGUCAUCGGUGUGUAUAGAGGCGAAGAAACGGCUUUCUGAAAGAUGGAACAUGAUAACAUCUAAUGAUAAAGGUCAUCAAGAACAAAGGUAUGAGAAGAGAAACUCUACUUUGGGUGAGAUGCUUUCUCUGUCACUUGUAAAGAAAUCUGUAACAUCUUCUGAGGUUGAGAGUACUGAUAAAGACCAAGAAGAACCAUGCAAAUAUAUUUCUUGCAGCCAAUCUUUCAAUGAUGAAAUGAUGAGCGUUGAUGUUUCUACUCAAAAUGUUUCUGGGUCGAAUUCUUUCGUAGACAGUAGAAGAUGCAGGGACAGGAAUAUUGUUCCUGCACCUUCUACUUUCUAUGAACUUUGCCUCAGUGUUGAUGCUGACAUAGAAAAUGGAUCCAAGGUGCUGGAAAAAUCAAAGAGUAAUAAGAGAUCAUCAUUUAAAGGGAAAGUUGCUAGUUUCUUGUUUUCAAUGAGUAAAAAAUCAACCAAGAAAAAAUCUAGUUCAUCUCAAUCUAAAGAUGAAUCCGAAACUACUGUCGCCAAAACAUCGGUUCCAUCAGUAAAUUCACCUAGAGUCCUUGGAGAUAAUGUGUCUCAAAUCUUCAAUGUUGGUGGAUUUGAAGAGUAUCUUGCAGCUCAAUGUGAAUCAUCAGGCACAACAGAUUCAGUCUCUAGUGGACAACAAGAAGACAUGAUUACACUAGAGCCUGGAUUGCCUGAGUCAAACCCCCUAGGGCCAGAGAUUUCAAAUGAAAAACAGGAUAGGCCAAGUCCAAUCUCAGUGUUAGAAUCUCCAUUUGAAAAUUACAAUACAGCUCAAGAGUCCUUGGAAUGCAUGCAAGGUGGUCACAUGGGAUCAUUGGUGUCUCUGAAAUCCAAUUUAAUUGACAAAUCACCACCAAUAGAAUCAGUGGCUAGGACACUAUCAUGGGAUGAUGAUUCGUGUGGAGAGUUAGCAACUCCUUAUUAUCCAUCAAAACCUAUAAGAGCUACUUCCUUAGACAACAAGUUAGAGGAAAAUGAAUGGCUUCUCUUGGUUCAAAAACUACUAUCAGCAUCUGGACUUGACAAUCAACAACAUUAUGACUCAUUUCACACAAGAUGGCAUUCAUUUGAAAGCCCAUUGGACCCAUCAUUGAGGGAUACAUAUGCCAACAUUAAUGAAAAGGACACUCAGCCACUCAAUGAGGCUAAGAGAAGGAAGAUUAGAUCAAAUCAGAAGCUUGUGUUUGAUUGUGUUAAUGAUGCAAUAUUGGAAGUUGUUGGAUAUGGGCCAGAUAAUUACUUCAAGAAGAUGUGCAGUGGGACCCACAAUAGGCCCUUAGUCCAAGAGGGUUCAUGUUUGGUGGACCACAUAGUGACCCAAAUGAAGGAAUUAAUAAUAGCAAAUAAUGGGAUGAGGUUUGUUUUGGAGGAAUGUGGUGGGGACAGUCACAGCCUGGUUGUAGAAAAUGUUGUUAGGAAAGAGGUUGUGCAGUUAGGGUUGGUUGAGGUUACGAGAAUGGAGAUUGAUGUUUUGGGGAGGGAAAUUGAAGGAAUGAUUAUAGAAGAAAUUGUGGAGGAUGCUGUGUUUGAUUUUAAUGGCAAAUGAAAUGAGAGUUUCUUCUUUUGAUUUAGUUAUGAUAAUUUAAUAAAUAUUGUUGUAUUGUAACUCUAUUAUUAUUGUUGCAUUUUAUUAUAUAAUAUCUAUAUGGUUCUACUCAACUAA